AUGGAUCACCGUCCCCACCUGCCUUCAUCAAACGACGACGUCGUCACUGUGAACGUCGACUCUGCUCCCACUCUUCACCUAUCCAACAAUGCCUUCAUUCCUCAACCUCAAAAACAACAGGGAAAAGGGGAUGAUACAUUUGUUCUUGCAUACAAGACUUUGGGUGUGGUAUUUGGAGGUCUUGUGACAUCACCCCUUUACGUGUACCCUUCAAUGCAACUCAAGUCUCCAACACAAGAUGACUAUCUGGGCAUUUACAGUAUCAUGUUUUGGACUCUUACCCUUAUUGGCCUUGUUAAGUAUGCUAACAUAGCUAUCAAAGCUGAUGACCACGGUGAAGGUGGUACUUUUGCCUUGUAUUCAUUACUUUGCAGGCAUUUGGACAUUGGAAUCCUGCCUUCUAAGCAACUCGGUUUAAACUCAAGUACAUCUUCAAUCAUGAAUAGGGGCACUCAAACGCGUACUUGGCUUGCUAAAUUGUUCGAAACAAGCAUGGUUGCUCGAAGGGUCUUGCUUUUCCUUGCUAUGUUAGGUACUUGCAUGCUUAUUGGUGAUGGUAUACUUACGCCUGCAAUUUCAGUGCUGUCAGCAAUGGAUGGAGUGAGAGCGCCUUUUCCUUCAGUAACCAAUUCAAUGGUGGAAGGACUCUCUGCAGUUGUCUUGGUCGCUCUGUUCUUGCUGCAAAAAUUUGGUACAUCCCGUGUCAGUUUCCUCUUUUCCCCAAUAAUGGGUGCAUGGACCCUGAGUACCCCACUUGUAGGAAUUUACAACAUCAUACACCACUAUCCAAGUAUAUUCAAGGCUUUAUCUCCGCACUACAUUUUCCGUUUCUUUUUAAGAAAUGGAAAAUCUGGUUGGCUUUUACUUGGUGGUACUGUUCUGUGCAUUACAGGUUCUGAGGCAAUGUUUGCUGAUCUUGGUCAUUUCAAUCAGCAGUCCAUUCAGAUAGCUUUUCUAUUCACAAUAUACCCAUCUUUAGUUCUGACUUAUGCGGGACAGACAGCAUACUUAAUCAAGAAUCCCAAUGAUCAUGAUGAUGGCUUCUACAAAUUCAUACCAACCGCAGUCUACUGGCCUAUGUUUAUUAUUGCAACAUUGGCUGCAAUUGUUGCUAGCCAGUCAUUAAUAUCAGCCACCUUUUCUGUAAUCAAGCAAUCUGUAGUGCUGGAUUAUUUUCCUCGAGUAAAGGUUGUACACACAUCUCAUAAUAAAGAAGGAGAGGUUUACUCUCCUGAAGUGAACUACAUCCUAAUGGUCCUUUGCGUUGCUGUCAUACUUAUUUUUGGAGAUGGAAAAGAUAUUGGAAAUGCUUUUGGUGUUGUUGUGAGCCUAGUAAUGCUUAUCACCACCAUAUUACUUACAUUAGUCAUGAUCAUGAUAUGGAGAACUCCUGCCAUGCUGGUUGCUUUAUACUUCAUCGUGUUUUUUGUCAUGGAGGGAGUUUACGUCAGUGCAGUUUUCACUAAAUUUGCUGAAGGUGGAUGGAUUCCUUUUGCCAUAUCAUUUAUCCUUGCUUUCAUCAUGUUUGGUUGGUUUUAUGGUAGACAAAGAAAGGUGGAGUAUGAGUUAACCCACAAGAUAACCUUCGACAGACUUGAAGAGCUUUUAGCUGACUGCAGUUUUCAAAGGGUUCCUGGGCUAUGCUUCUUUUAUACUAACAUUCAAGAUGGGCUGACUCCAAUUCUUGGACACUACAUAAAGAACAUGAAAUCACUUCAUAAAGUCACAAUAUUCACAACUCUUCGAUAUUUGUUAGUCCCCAAGGUUGCUUCCCAUGAAAGGAUUGUCAUCAGGAAAUCAAAUCUCAAAGGGGUAUAUCUUUGUGUUAUUCAGUAUGGCUAUGCAGAUACUCUGGAUUUAGCAGGAGAUGAUUUUGUAGGUCAAGUCAUUAGUAGUUUGGCACUACAUGUACAGAACUGUUCUUGCAAUCUUUCAUCUGAUUCUCAAGUGAUUGGAGAAGAGAUUUCUAGUUUAGAAGAAGCUAGGUGUUCCGGGGUUGUUCAUGUUCGUGGAAAGACAAGAUUUUAUAUUGGCCUGAACUGUGGUUGGUUUGAUAAAAUCAUGCUUGGUUUUUAUGAAUUCAUGCACAGUAACUGUAGAUCUGGCCUGCCUGCUCUAGGGAUUCCAUUACAGCAACGAAUUGAAGUUGGAAUGCUAUAUGAGGCUUGA